AUGACAUUUGAAGGUCAAGUUAACUGGAAAAAAGGAAAUGUUUCCGGAACUGUUUAUAAUUACGACAAAGAGCUGACUAAGUUGAUUACCAAGGUAUACGAAAGAUUCUUAUGGAGUAAUCCAUUACACUCAGAUGUAUUUCCCGGAGUCGUUAAAAUGGAAGCUGAAGUUAUCAGAAUGUGCUUAGGUCUAUUUCAUGGAAGCAGUACAUCCUGUGGUUCGGUAACUUCUGGUGGAACUGAAAGUAUUUUAAUGGCUUGUCUCUCAUAUAGGAAUAAAGGUUACAAACUGGGUAUUUCUCAUCCGGAAAUAGUCGCACCAGUAACCGCUCAUGCAGCUUUCAACAAGGCAUGCGAAUAUUUCGGAUUGAAAUUAAUUUCUGUUCCUGUAGAUACGAACUUUCAAGCCGAUUUAACUGCCAUGCGAAGGGCUAUAACUAGCAACACUGUUUUGCUAGUUGCUUCAGCACCUCAAUAUCCGCAUGGAAUAAUCGAUGACGUUAAGAGUAUUGCGCAAGUACUUUACAGAUUAAACAUUGCUGUUUCUAGAGGAAUCGGUUUUCACGUUGAUUGUUGUCUAGGAGGAUUUCUGCUACCAUUUCUAAAUGAAGCUGGGUACGAUGAUGUUCAGUUCGAUUUUGCAGUUGAAGGAGUAACUAGCAUAUCCGCUGACACUCACAAGUAUGGAUUUGCACCAAAGGGUUCGUCUGUAGUUUUAUACAGACAUAUAGAACAACGACAUCUGCAGUAUUUUUCAGUUAGUGACUGGCCAGGAGGCAUAUACGCCUCCCCUUCCAUAGCUGGCAGUAGAUCUGGCGCGGUAAUUGCUGGUUGCUGGGCAGCUAUGGUCUCAAUGGGAUGGUCAGGAUACGUUAAAUCAACAAAAAAAAUUAUUAAAGCAGCUCAGAGGAUUAAAGAUCGGAUUAAGGAAGUUGACGGGCUCUACGUUCUUGGUGACCCUAAGCUAAGUGUCAUAGCAAUUGGUUCCAAAGACUUCGACAUAUAUCAGCUAAACCAGUUAAUGUCAGAUAAAGGAUGGAAUCUGAACGCUCUGCAGUUUCCCCCGAGUAUCCACAUUUGUUGCACCAUGACCCAUACCCAACCCGGAGUAGUCACCAAAUUUUUAAGAGAUAUAAAAGAAGUAGCAGCACAGCUAAUACAAGAACCACGAAAGACACCAAUUGGAUCUGCCGCAAUGUACGGAAUGGCUCAAACUAUACCGGAUCGAUCCAUUAUUACAGACUUAACAAAUGCUUUUUUAGAUGGAAUAUAUAAGACUUAG